AAAAACCUGUUUAGAAAAAAUGACAAAAAAAACAUUUAACAUAAAAUAUGUUGCUGCAUAAAUUUUCAGCCCCUUUAAAGUGACUGACUUGCUUUUCCUCAAAUUUUUUUCUCAAGGAGAAGCAACACCGAGUCAUGACAUUAAAACGUCACUCUUCAGAAAUGAAAGUAAUAUUUAGCCGAAGUGACCCCUGAGCUGCUGUGGAGAAAAAUCUGUUUCUUUCUGAAGACUUAAGUUCGUGUGUUUCUUCUCAACAACAGACUGAUACUGGUGAGUACAGCAGAAAUCUGAUUUGCUUUUUUUGUAGACUGGAAGGUGGUAGAAAAAUUCAGGUUUGUGGGAAAACUGCAACCCUGAGGAAGUUUAAAUGAUUUGUUGUAAUGGAAGUUUUCCCUGGUCUGUCCUCAGAGUUCAGGCAUGUCGACUGGCAGCAACCUGCAGUCUAAAGAUCAGUUUCUUUGCUCCAUCUGUCUGGAUGUGUUCACUGAUCCAGUCACCACAGCAUGUGGACACAACUUCUGCAAGACCUGCAUCACUCAGCACUGGGAUGGAAAUGUUCCCUAUAAGUGUCCUCUGUGCAACGAGAACUUCGCCUCCAGACCUCAGCUGAGAGUCAACACUUUGUUCUCUGAGAUGUGAAGUCACAGCAGCAGCAGCUCAGAGCAACAAGUUGCCAAACAAGGAGAGGUUCCCUGUGAUGUCUGCACUGGACCCAAACCGAAGGCCCUGAAGUCCUGCUCCAGUGAGUCUCACCUGACUGCUCCACGUCUGAAGAAACACCAGCUGAUGGAGCCGAUGGAGAACCUGGAGGACAGGAUGUGUCUGCAGCACGAUAAACCUCUGGAGCUGUUCUGUUUUACCGACCAGACAUGCGUCUGCUUGCUUUGCCCCAUUUUAAACCACAAGGACCACGAGUUUGUUCCUCUGAGAGACGAAUCUAAAGAAAAAAAGGAAGAGCUGAAGAAGACGAAGGCUGAAGUUCAGGAGAUGAUCCAGGAGAGACGACUGAAGAUUCAGGAGAUCAGAGAGUCGACGAAGAUCGGCAAAGAUGCUGCAGACAGAGAGAAAACAGAAGGUGUUCAGGUCUUCACAACUCUGAUGGAGUCUGCUGAGAGAGGCCUGAAGGAGCUCAUCAAGGAGAUCCAAGACAAACAGGAAACUACAGAGAAACAGGCUGAAGACUUCAUCAGAGAUCUGGAACAGGAGAUCUCUGAGGAGCUGAUGAGGAGGAGCUCUGAGGUGAAGCAGCUCUCACAGUCUGAAGACCAACUCCACCUCCUCCAAAGCUUCUCCUCCCUGAAAGCUGCUUCGCCCACCAAGACCUGGGCAGAGGUCAGAGUUCAUCUGCCGUCAUAUGAGGGGACUGUGGUGAGAGCUGUGGCUCAGACUGAGCAGGAAAUCAGGGAGAAGAAGCUGCAGAAGCUGACGGAGGCUGAGCUGAAGAGGUUUGUGGUGGAUGUGACUCUGGAUCCUGACACAGCUCAGCCCUGGCUCAUCAUUUCUGUAAAAAAAUGUAACCAUCCAUAUUUCCUUUCAGCUACAACUACUUUGUGUGGCCUACCACGUAAAGUGUCAAUAAACCAGAUGAAUAUUUUUGGUUAG